CCUCCAAGUGCUUCAAAUGGAUUCCUUGAGGACCUGCUCAAUGAUGUUUCCAGGGACUGAGUAUCCCCAACCUGAAGCCCAACCACGAAGGCCCCGUAGUGGCUGUGAAGGGGAGAAGCCUCCUGCCAUACUGCCAUUUCGAGCUGGAGGACUCUGACUACCUCACCGCAAACAGGCGCAACCCAGAGCUGCGAGGGCCCUGGGGGGCUGCGCUGGAUCCCAACACCAGGGUGAUUGAGUUUGCAUCCGUCGGAGUGCACACUCGGAACCGCAGGACCUUCAUGCUUGUGAACCCCACCAAUUCCACCUACUCCUUCCAGUGGGCCUGUGAACAGCCAGAAGACUUGCGAGAACAGUCAGUCUUCAGCUGUCUGACAGAAAUGGGCCAGAUCCGGCCUGAGAAGAAGGCUGAGGUCACGUUUGAAUUCAUCCCGCAGCACCUGGGUACCACAGAAUCGUUUUGGACCUUUGCAAUCCCUGAACAGAACAUCUCAGUCCCAUUCCUGUUGGUGGGCAACACCACCGACCCCUCAGUAUCGCUGGACAGAUCCCACCUGAACUAUUUCUCUCUGUUAGUCGGACAUGAGGCCCACAAGACGGUUCACAUGAUUAACAACGAGAAUGAGACCUUCAGCUUUGCUUUCAGAGACUGCUCGCGCUAUUCAGAGGGACACAUUAACUACCUAACAGUGCAGCCCAUGGAGGGCUGCAUUCCACCUCUUUCCAGCUUAGACUGCUUGUACACCAACACUGCCCACUUGGAGGUGAGCUUCCAGGCUGAAGUGCUGAGUCCUGGAGGGAAGAUGGAGGUGCCAAUCACUUUCUAUCCCCGAGAGGCCGUUUCCUACCACGAUAUCAUCCCCUUUGAAAUCAAUGGGCUCUCCCAACAGACCAUUGAGGUCCUGGGGAAGGGCACGGAGAUGAAGAUCGACAUCUUGGAACCGCCCAGCAAAGUGGUCAGAUUGGGCGCGCUGUCUGUUGGACAAACUAUGAAGAAGACUGUCACAAUAGUGAACAAUAGUGUUGCCCUUCUCACUUUUAACCUAACUUUCAUGUUCACUGUUCCGGAGCUCCUGGAAUCUAAGGUUCUCAGCUUGUCUCCAUCCAGCGACAUAACUCUGAAGCCCAAAGGGGGCACCUGCAGCGUAGAGGUGACUUUCUCCCCAAAGUGCCGCAUCCCGCUGUUCGCAGAGGAGGUGAUGCUCGAGUGCAUGGGGCUGCUGCGCUCCUUCUUCGUGGUGCGGGGCUGCUGCCAGGGCAUUGAAGUGAGCUUGGACCAGGAUCAUAUCCCCUUUGGAGCAGUGGUGCAGCGGAGCCAGGCUUCCCGGCGCGUCCUCAUGCAGAACACAGGAGACAUAGGAGUCAGAUUUAAAUGGGACAUCAAGAGUUUUGAGCCAGAUUUCUCCAUCAGCCCGGUGGAGGGCUACAUCUCCCCAGGCAUGGAAGUCCCCUUCGAAGUGACCUUUCAUCCCUGUGAGCUGAACCCGGAUAUCCACUAUGACAACCUGCAGUGCUGCAUCCAGGGCAGCGAAGCGCUCAAGCUCACUCUGACUGGCUACUGCGUGGUGGUGCCUAUGACCAAAGAGGUGAUGAAUUUCACAUGUCAGGUGCGUGGAAAACACACCCAGACUAUCAUGCUGUCUAACCGGAGCAACCAGUCAUGGAACCUGCAGCCCAUCAUUGAGGGGGAACAAUGGAAAGGGCCUGAAUUCAUCAGGGUAGAGGCCCAUCAGCAAAACAAGCCCUACGAGAUCACUUACAGACCCCUCACCAUGAACGUGGAGAACAAGAAGCAUCAGGGCUCCAUCUUCUUUCCGCUCCCCGAUGGGACAGGUUUGCUGUACCUCCUGCAGGGGACUGCAGAGCCCCCUAAGUCUUCAGGGACCAUUGUCCGAGAGGUGCCAUGCAAAACUACCUACACCGAAUUGCUCCCCAUCGCGAACUGGCUGAACAAGCCACAAAGAUUCCACGUGAUAGUGGAUGUGAUCAAACCAGAAAAGCUGGACAUCACCACCAUGCUGAAGGGGCUGGACUACAUGGAAGUGCCUGCCUCCUCCAAGAAGGACUAUAAGCUCACCUUCUUCUCCUACAAGGAAGGGCUAUUCAGUGCCAAGGUGACCUUUCGCAAUGAGGUGACACAGGAGUACGUGUUCUACCUGGUCACAUUCAAGGCCAUCCCUUCCGGUCCGGUCAGCACCAUCGAGAUGGUUACCCCUGUUCGGCAGAGCACGUCCUCCUCCAUCAAGGUGGAGAACCCCCUCGUCUUCCCGGUGACGUUCAUUACAGACUGCAAAGUGCCCGAUGUCAACCUCCCGCCGCAGUUCAUUGUGCCCGCCCAGUCCGAGGGGGUGCUCGUGUUCGAAUUCCAGCCCCUAAAAGUCGGGGAGGUCAGUGGGCGCCUGGUGCUACAGAGCAGCGACUUGGGCUCCUUCCAGUACGACCUGAACCUGAAAGCCAUUGCAGCCAGGCCGGAGAAGCCGCUGUACUUCCGUGCCAUGCUGGGCGGCAGCCAGAGCAUCACCACCAAGUUCAUUAACUACACCCGGCAAAGAACGGAGUACACGUGCAAGACUGACUGUUCAGAUUUCCACACGGAUAAAAUCAUCAAUGCAGCCGCAGGCUCUCAGGGGGGCACCGAGGUCAGUGUGGACGUGACCUAUGAACCCUACCAGCUGGGUGAAUCAAGAGCAACUCUCAUCCUGUCGUCACCCAUCGGAGGAGAAUACAGCAUCCCGCUCUUUGGCGUGUCAGUGCCCCCCAAGCCCCAGGGCCCCUUUCAGAUCAAGGCUGGCUCCAGCACGGCCAUUCCCUUCAAGAACGUGUUCCUGCAGCACACGGCCUUCACCUACAACGUGGAGAACCCAGCGUUCACCAUCAAGGCUGCUGAGACCAUACGCUCCAAGAAGAACAUCUUCAUCACCGUCUCCUUUGAGGGGAACCCCACUGGCAGCAAGAUGCCCGUCACCAGCAAGCUGGUCGUCUCCUGUGCCCGGGCAUCAGGCAUGGGGGCAGGCAUUUCCUGGGUUUAUUACUUGAAGGGCAUAACCCCUGAGAAGUGACCUAGUGGCACGAAUGCAGAGCAGCAGUGUCCCGGUCCCUAAACGGGCAUUUCCCCCACUUUGCUGAGCCACUUGCAACUUCCAGUGCAGUCAUGCACCUCCUAGGAUCUGAAUCUGACCAGUCUUAAUUUCCCUCCCCAUCUCAGUACAGAAUGGACUCGCUCUACAACACAGAUGUGCCUUGGCAGUGAAAAGCAGCACCGGAGUCUCUUCACCACUAUUUUUGCCAGUACAGAAAAUGUUUAUAGGAUCUGCACGCCUACUGAAAGCAAUGGGUGACUGCAGGAUUGGAUACGGGGCAUGCACAGAACACACCCACCUGUAUAUAACGGGGCUGUUGUUGAAAAUUCCCAAAGAGCAAGCUAACGGAUCUCAUUACUACUGAAGUGACCUGGCAGUCAUAUCACUUGUCCUUGGCCUGAUAGCGUCACUGAUCUUUUAGUCAAAUUAUAUGAAACUUACGAUCUAGAAAGGGGCAUGAGAUCAGUGGGGAAGAUCCCAGCUAUCUGUGUCUAUGGUCUGACUGCAUGCGUCAAGACUGUCAAUUUAUCCUCCCUCAGUUGAUAACCACCAAUAGAAUUGCCUUCAGAUUGCCUUCAAAGUACAAACCGUCCUGCCUGAAGGAGGAUUCACUUACUGUGGAUUUAUUAAAAAUGUCUUGUGUAUAAGCCACCAAAGGUGCUGCAGCUUUUCCCAACAGAGCAGAGCAGAGUUCAUGAAAACACUCACCUUGUACCCCAGAAACAUGAGGACUCCAUCAUGCCUCCCAGCUGAUCUCACCCUCUGGGAUCAGAGGCUAGGAUGACUGUUGGCAGUGUGGUUUCUUUGUUUGCUGUAUGAAAUUGUAUUUUGGAAUAAAGAUAGUUACGCAAA